UUAUCUACAUGAGCAUCAAAUGAAAGACUGGAGUCAAUAAUCACACCAAGGUCUUUUUACUGCUGCACAUGAUGAAACAGAAAAUCCAUCCAGAGUUACUGUGUAAUCAGAAAGUUUACUUCUAGCUACACGUGGUCCUAGUACAAGUACUUCUGGUUUAUCAGAAAUAAGUAAGAGUAAGGUAAUAAGCAUCUUCCUGUUUGAAAUGAACGUCUCAUGUCAAAUAAGACCUGAGCCAGGAGAGGGCCGUUUCCUUAAUGUCAACAGCAUUUUCUAGUCUAUCAAGGUGACUAGUAUGAUCUAUGGUAUCAAAAGCUGCACUAAGGUCAAGUAACACAAGCAAGGAGACACAACCCUGAUCAGAGGCCAGUAGGUCAUUUACCGCUUUAAGCAGCGCUGUCUCUGUGCUAUGAUGAGGUCUAAAUCCUGACUGGUACAUUUCGUGAAUGUUGUUCCUUUGUAGGUACGAGUAUAGCUUAUAGAGUAUAGAUUCACAAAUUUCAAUUUUGGGGUCUCGCACAAUAAAAGUUAUUCCCCUUGCAUACUCAAUGGCAAGCAAAAUAAAUUUAGGAUCAGAUUCUUGGUGUGACAAGCAGCAGAUAUUUAUUUUGCCUUUAUUUUGAGUGUCUCUUGUUGGAAUGGAGCAAAUCGGGCCUUGGAAUGCAAAUAAAGCCAAGUUAACACAACCCGAGGCAAUACUUUGAUCGGAGGCAACUCUGCGAGCAAUUUUCAGUCGAUCAUCGUGACCUACUCAAUGACUCAUCAAAGAGGCUCGCCAACUCGUCACCAAGUCAUCACUGGCAGAUGUUUGGCAUGCUAAAUAUCUUUUGUUCUGGUGACUCAUGUCACGUGGUAUGAAAAGUGUUGUUACUGGCAGUGACUGUGGCAACGAGCUACAGCCAAUGAGAGAUCAAGGCAUGGGGCGAGGUCACGAUGGGGAAGGGAAACGCUCUCUGUUGCGCACACACGCCCCAGCGUUAACAAAUGAAUAAAUAGGUUAAUAAACGAAUAGAUUAGGUGGAUUAUUUUGGACAUCUACUAAAAAUUUUAAUAUUCUUUCAGCUUUUUGAUCAAGUACUAUUAAUAUAGAACUAUUAAUUAUGUUUGAUUUAAUAUCAGGUUACUAACUGCAUUGCAAGACUACUGGCAGAUAAACAUCAUGGCAUGAGAAUAAUAUUAUCGAGUGCUUCCACAACAUUGCCCAAAUUAUCCAUAAUGUAAUGUUGCCAAAAUCUCGCGCGUGCUCUCUGGCUUUUCUGAGUAUGUCAAAAGCAUUUAACUGAACAGCAGGUGUUUGCAUUCUUCGAAAUGGAACAGGGAAGGACUGCAGAAGUUUAGUAUUAAAAGAAGUGUUUAAUUUGAAGGACAUUGCAACAAAUGCUGGUUUUGAACAGAUUUAGGUUGUUUUCACACUUGUUUAUUUCUGAUUUGUGGCCUUUGCGGAAGGGUGAACACUGUUUUUUGAGCCCGGGAGCGGUCCAGAGAACCGAUCUCUGGUCUUCUGAAAUGGUGGUCUGGGGUUCACUUCAACCGAACCAUGGCACGGUCCACGUCAGAAACAUCUUCCCCUCCAACCUGGUGGCUGCUGCUUUUCAAUCGUAUGCGACUGGUUAUAAGUUCAUAAACAUGAAUUCCACCAACAUUACUUUGGAAAAGGUUCCAGUGGGUAACAAUGUGGACGGUAUGAACAUUCUGGGCCUAAUUGUGUUUGCUAUGGCGUUUGGUGUGGCCUUGAGGAAAUUGGGAGCAGAAGGGGAGAUUCUCAUAAAGUUUUUUAACUCCUUCAAUGAGGCUACCAUGGUGCUCGUGUCCUGGAUCAUGUGGUAUGCCCCGCUGGGUAUCAUGUUCUUGGUGGCUGCUAAAAUUGUUGCGAUGGAGGAUGUAAAGGUCCUGUUUGCCAGCCUGGGGAAGUAUAUUGCCUGCUGUUUGGUUGGUCAUGCAGUGCAUGGCCUGCUCAUCCUGCCAUUAAUUUACUUUGUGUUCACUCGGAAGAACCCCUACUCUUUUCUCAUGGGACUGAUCACUGCUUUGGCGACUGCUUUCGGAACCUCGUCCAGUUCUGCAACACUGCCUUUGAUGAUGAAAUGCGUGGAGGAGAACAAUGGCAUAUCCAAGCAGAUCAGUCGCUUCAUCCUUCCGAUUGGUGCCACGGUCAACAUGGACGGAGCCGCUUGCUUCCAGUGUGUGGCUGCUGUCUUUAUUGCACAGUUAAAUAACAUUCCACUCAACUUUGUCCAGGUUAUCACUAUACUGGUGACAGCCACAGCAUCAAGUGUGGGGGCUGCAGGGAUCCCUGCUGGAGGUGUGCUGACACUGGCGAUCAUCCUGGAGGCAGUGGGAUUGCCCACUAAUGACCUCUCUCUCAUCUUGGCUGUAGACUGGCUUGUAGAUCGCACUUGCACAAUCGUCAAUGUGGAGGGUGAUGCUUUCGGGGCCGGGCUGCUGCAGCACUUUGUUGAUCGCACUCACAAGAAAGAGGAGGUGGAGCUGAGUGAAGUACGUUUGGAAGAAGCUGAGCGUCCAAUGAAACCAGAGCACUACUCUCUCAUUGAGAAUGGUGCUGAAUUAGAAAUCGCUGGUCCUCGGACCGCUGGAAGAGAGUCUGUAAUGUAGACUAACACACAAUUUGAUUCAUUCUUGCAUCUGGUUCAUUGUGAAUCAACCUGUACUAUAUGGAAUGGUCUGUAGUCUUAUCCACGACGACUGUAGGAUUUCGUUCCAGCCAACCAGGAGGCUUCAUCUUCGUCUCCAAUCAACUAUCACGUGUACUUCCUAUUUAGCUGGAAUGAAGCCUGCAGCCAUAUCAGCCCUUCGUGGAUAAGAUUAAAGACCCCUCCUCUAAAAGAAAAGGGUAGGAUUUGAUUUUAAAAAAAAUCUAAAUAUUUAAUGUGUGCAUUUCUCCAUUCCUAGAGAAAUAUUUAGGAUAGUAGUCUAAAAUGUACUGUAUAUGAAAAUAUGCCAAAAGAGGACUUUUGUUAGGAUAUUAUUUCAAAAAGGAUUUUCAUUAUUAGAUUACGCUGUAGUCCAAACUAUUUAUUUUUCUUUUUGGUGGUGGAUUUUUUUUCAGACUUUACUCUUUAAAUGGCUGGUCCUAGGUUUUAAAACCUUUUUCAAUCUUCAGUCCGAUGCCUUUUGUUAUUUCCACAGUUAAACUAUCAAGAGGUAACAUUUAAAUCUGUAGAUCUUAUAAAACCAUAAAUUAUUUCAUUUCGUUUUUUUCAGACACAGUUUGAAUGUGUGUAAUCUAGUCAAAACCUCGAACCUGAUCUGUCUGGACAAUUAGUUUGUCAUUUUUAUUUAUAUAUUUAUCACUCCUGAGUCAGUCCUGCUGCUUGAACACUUGUAUGACAAUCUUCUGGAAUAAGGUAUUUUCAGGUCUCCAUUGGCUUUCAGUAUGUUGCAUAACAAUGUGCUGGUUCUUAUAAUCUGUCAAAUUACGAUCGUGUUCCGUUUAUCGUAUCUUAUUUUUAAGAAUUAGAAUUUAAAAAUGUUAAAGAAUUAGGGUCUAUAAGAACUGAGGAGAGUUACUGAUUUUAUAUAAAUAUUUGCCUGAAGUAUUCGUUCACCUCGUUUCUCUUAUUGGUUGUUGGGUUAUUUUCCUACAUGUUGAUUUUUCAAUAGAUACUAGCCUUUUCCAAAUACUGUGUGUAAAAAAAAAAAAUAAAAUAAAUAAAUAAAUAAAUAAAUAAAUAAAUAAAUAAAUAAAUAAAAAUAAAAAUAAAAAAUAAUAAUAAUUAGGUUAAAUUCUAGGUUUUGUUUUUGUUUUUUUGCUUGCUUGGUAUUUUAGUAUGUGUGUCUAAAUUAUUUUUUCCCUCCCAGUGUCAUAAAUGGUCACUGCAUUUUAAUGUUUUAGUCAAAAAUGAAAUGCUGUCAACACACAAGUAUAUCAGCAUCCAUGUGUGCAAUGAAAGACUUGAAAGAUGCAUCAUUCCAACAGGCUGCUACUCUGUGCAAUAGAGGUGUGUGAGAAUAGCGGUGCUGAUUAUCCAGAAUGUACUCCGACCAGUCUUUAUUAAAAAAGUGUUUUUUGUAAUGAGA